AGCUCUUUAUUAAGGAGCCUUAUUAAAAAUGGUACAAAAUGUAAUCAGUGACGCAUAUCAUGGGUUUUUCCUCUUAUUUCACCUAAUUUCUUGUCUUUUCUGAUUCAGACACCUCACUCUGGUUGGGGAUUGGUUGGGGAGGAUUAAGGUACGCCUAAAUAAAGCUGUGAGAUUAAGAUACAUGACACCAGCAUAAUCCCUCCUUCGAUACAGAGGGAGGGAACUGUGUGGGAUGGACGCAUGUGUAGGAUCUACUCAGUAAUUCAGUGAGGGACGCCUUACAUGCCAACAGAAUGAAAGAAAGGACAACAUGGAAGACGUUGUUUGGCAGAGCCUGCUAGGACUGGACCUUACCGCCGAUGCGUAACAGCCCUAAAAGCCAACACAAUGCCUGCAGGCGCCUCUCCACGGAUGCCACGGCACAGCUUGUACAGCUUGACGGAGAGCUCUGACUGUGGGCCAGAGAAAGAGGAGGAAGAGGAUCCACCUAAACGCCUCACACCCCUGGAGAAACUGACACGGGAUAUGUGCCACGAUGAGAAAACCAUCAAAGACCUCAUUGUGGGAAGAAGGGUGGGUUUCUACAAAGUCCGGGGGGAGAUCGGAUGUGGGAACUUCUCAAAAGUCAAGUUGGCCUUCCAUGCCCUCACUAAAGACAAGGUUGCCAUCAAAGUCAUGGAAAAGAUGAGGCUGGACCUGCAGACGCAGAGGAUGCUGUCCAGAGAGAUUUCCAACAUGGAGAGCCUGUAUCAUCCAAACGUGCUGCGUCUGUACGAGGUGGUGGAGACACCCUGUCGACUGUACCUGGUUCUGGAGUAUGCUGGAGGAGGAGACCUCCACAGCAGGCUCACAUCUGAGGGAAAACUUACUGAUCCAGAGAGCAAGAUUGUGUUCGCACAGAUACUGUCUGCUGUGAAGUACAUGCAUGACAACAGCAUCAUCCAUCGAGAUAUGAAGGCAGAGAACGUCCUCUACUCCUGCAGCGGGUGUGUGAAGGUGGCUGACUUCGGCUUCAGUACGAGGAUCAACAAUCGCAACCAGAUGUUGGACACCUUCUGUGGCUCGCCUCCGUACGCAGCUCCAGAACUCUUCAAAGACGAGUCCUACCUGGGGCCACCUGUGGACGUGUGGGCGAUGGGGGUCCUCCUGUUCUUUAUGGUGACUGGCACCAUGCCCUUCCGCGCCGACACUGUUCCUAAGCUGCGGCGCAGCGUCAUAGAAGGUGUCUACGCCCUGCCCAUGUGGGUGUCUGCCCCGUGCCAACGCCUGAUCCGGGGCAUCCUGAAGCCCGAUCCUUCUGAACGCUAUGCCCUGGACCAGAUGCUGGGCUGUGAGUGGCUCUUACCCGUGGAGCUCUUCCGUACGGCCAGGCCCCUGCAGCAGCUCAACCCUGUGUACCUGCUGGAGGCUGGAACGGGGAGGAUGAUGCAGGAAGAGGAAGAUGUUCGAGCCGCCCUGCAGGAGCUGGGGGUCACCGAGGAACACAUCCUCAACAACCAGUGCAAGAACAGUCGCAGCCCGUUUACAGGUAUGUAUCGCAUUGUGUUGCACAGGAUCCAGAGGAACAGUGGAACUGAGCAUCCUCCUAUCAUCACAGGGGUGGUGAAAGACCCUAAACGAGACAGUCUUAGAGCCUACAGGAACUUACGCCACACCUCAAAACUAUGUGUCCUUUCUUAAGCUUUCUUAAGCUUUUUUUGAACGUCCCUGUUCUAUAGUGUUGGUGUGUCUUUGGUAAGGUGAGGCGUGACAGUUGUCAUUCCCUUUAAGAGCCAGGUGUGCUGUGACUGUGGUGUGUUCGUAUCUUAACAGUGAGGUGUUUUUGCGCAUCUCAGCCGAGGAAACUGACUGAGAAGGUACACCAGCAGCUCAUUCACGUGAACAGCAAUGGUAUUUUAUUCUUUAUUCUGUUUAUUGUUGAUGUAAGAGCUAUAUUUGUGCUGCAGCACCUUUAUUUGUGUGUGCAAUAAGUUGUGCACAAGCUGAUUGCUGCAUGGCUAAGACAGGAUUGACCGGCUGACUAUUUUUUAAUGUUGUCAGGGUUUUAAUCAAUCAGUGGCGCACCUGUGUUUUCCUCACUUCUAGACCACUACACCCAUCAGUGUACAUUUGUUCCUAAACUCUGAUGCUAUUUUAACAGUGUGGGUGAAAGGCAUAAAAAAAUCAACUGUUGACAGGGUGUAAGAUAGCAAUGAGCAUUGGGAUGCACCUUACACAGGGUGUACGAUAGGGCCCCAGGGCUCUAAGUUUAUUCACUAAGGUUAUGGGAUUCAUGAGUUCGCAACAAGUUGGGUUGCAAACUUAGUACAUCUUUCUUAUCAUAUUUUGUGUGCUUUUUUAUUUAUUUUUCUUACACCUUGCCCUUAAUGAUCUAUUACAGUACAGGUCCUAGCUAAGUGGGUUCUUAAUGCCCUGUCUACACGUACAGUACCAGUCAAAAGUUUGGACACAUCUUCUUAUUCAAUGUUUUUAUUCAUUUAUUUUUUUCCUACAUUGUAAAAAUUAAUACUGAAGUCAUCCAGACUAUGAAGGAACACAUAAGAAAUCAUGUAGUAAAUUAAAAAAUGUAAAAUGAACCAAAAUGUUUUCUAUUUUUGUUAAUAA